AAAUUAAAGUCUUUAAUUUGAAUAUACUCAAAAGUAACUCCAACAAAAUACAUCACAAGUGGCGACGAGGAAAAUUAAUUAAUAAAUUAAAAAGAAAAAUCGAAUAUAUUAUUAAUGAAAAAUGAUGGCGGAAAUUAUUGUGGGUCAUCUUCGCGAAUUCACGUUACGAAAUUCCGAUUGGUCAAUUUUUCUACCGAGGCUGGAGAGCUAUUUCACAGCAAAUAAUAUUGGUGAAGAUAAAGCAAAGAAGAAAAGAGCUAUAUUAUUGAAUAUUUUGGAUGAGGACGCCUACAAAUUAUUAUUCGAUCUGGUGAGUCCCGAAAAACCCGAAGAUAAGACGUAUUCCGACCUAGUAGCGGUUCUUAGCAGUCAUUUUCAACCCCAAAAAAGUGCGUUUGCUGCGCGAUAUCAAUUUUAUUCGGCAAAAAAGGAAGUUGCUGAAACGGCGAAACAAUGGGCUGCACGUUUACGCGGUUUGGCGGUGAGCUGCGAAUUUGGAGCUGAGCUACAGGUUUGCCUACGGGACAAGUUUGUUUUUGGAUUCGAAAAAGGGCCAAUUAUGGAUCGAUUAAUGGAAGAAGAGAUUACAAAAGAUUUCAACGGCAUGGUUUCACUCGCGGUGUCAAAAAUGGCGGCCAACGAGGUUCGAGACGUCAUCAUUAAACAAGAAGAAAUUCACCAGCUGAGGGAGAGACGUACAGAUUUUGGAAGUAGGGAUGCCCAAGCAAGUUCCAGUCAAACUAAAGGAAGACAGCGCUAUCCCGUCUGUAGCGUUUGCGGUAAAAAUAAUCAUUUGUAUGAACGUUGUUAUUUUAAAAACGCUACUUGUUCUAAAUGUAAAAAAAUAGGCCAUUUGGCAGCUAUGUGUAAAGCGACCGGAAGUUACAAGGUUUCUAAUCAAAGGAAUAGAUAUAAAUCAAAUAAAAAACAUCAUUUUAUUAACGAUAAAUCAGAUAACGAUCAAGACGAUCUUUGCAUUUUUAAUUUUGAAUCUGAAAUUCAUAAACCACCAUUUUACGUUAACGUUAUUGUUGAACAGAUAUUAAUAAAAUUUCAAAUUGAUUCCGGUAGCGGAAUAACAUGUAUAUCUGAAAAACUAUAUAAAGAACAUUUUUCUGGUAUUAAAUUGAUAACAUCAAAUAAAACCUUUUAUUUUUAUAAUGGCGCACAAGUAAAACCAGUAGGUGUUAUGUCAGUAUUAGUAGAAUUUAAAAAUAAAACCGCUAAAUUAAAUAUCUAUGUAAUGAAAAAUGGAGGUCCACCAUUAGUUGGUAGAGAUUUUCUUGCAAAUUUCGAUAUUGGUUUUUCAAAUAUUAAUUAUAUUAAUUGCAAAGCCGAAUUGAAUAAAUUGGUAAAAAAAUAUCAAAAUGUUUUUAAUUCAGGUUUAGGAUUUUUUCGAAAAGGCUUAGCCUCUAUUAAGUUAAUUAACGAAAACAUAACUCCUAAAUUUAUAAAAGCUAGACCGAUUCCUUUUGCAAUAAAAAAUAAAGUUGAAGACGAAUUAAAGCGAUUAUUGGAUCUUGGUGUAAUAGAACCUGUUGACUACAGUAGAUGGGCGACUCCAAUAGUUCCCGUUAUGAAAAAAAAUGGCGAAAUUCGUAUUUGCGGUGAUUUUAAAAUUACUGCCAAUCCCGUAAUCGAAAUUGAUAAACAUCCAUUACCUCGAAUAGAGGAAUUAUUUAAUUGUUUACAAGGUGGAGUUGAAUUUACAAAAUUAGAUUUGUCCCAAGCUUACCAGCAAAUUGGAGUAGAUAAAGGAAGUCAGGAGCUUCUAACUAUAUCAACUCAUAUUGGUCUUUUUAGAUACAAACGUUUAACUUUUGGUAUUUCCUGCGCACCAGCAAAGUUUCAAAAGAUUAUGGACUCCUUGUUAACACAUGUGCCAUCAGUAGCAGUAUUUCAAGACGACAUUUUAAUAACUGGUAAAAAUGUGCAAGAUCACUUAAAUAAUUUGAACAAAGUUUUAAAUAUUUUGGAUGAUGCUGGUUUGAAAGUUAAUUUCAAUAAAUGUAAAUUCUUUCAAAAAGAAGUUGAAUAUUUGGGUUAUAGAAUUAAUGCGAAUGGUUUACAUCCAUCGAUUGAUAAAAUAAAAGUUCUGGAUAAAAUUCCUGCACCACAAAAUGUAUCCGAGUUAAAAUCAUUUUUAGGUGGAGUUAAUUAUUACGGUAGAUUUAUUAAAAAUAUGUCAACUGUAUUAAACCCAUUGUAUAAUUUAUUAAAGAAAAAUGUAAAAUUUCAUUGGGACGAAGAUUGUGAUAAGGCAUUUAGUCAUGUUAAAGAAAUUUUGAAGUCAACAGAAGUAUUGGUUCAUUUUAAUCCAGACCUAGAGCUUAAAUUAACAGUAGAUGCUUCAUCAGUAGGCAUUGGUGCUGUUUUGAGCCACAGAUUCCCAUCAGGUGUAGAGAAACCUAUUGCGUUCGCUAGCAGAACUUUAACUGAUGCAGAAAAAAAUUACUCACAGAUUGAAAGAGAAGGGUUAGCAAUUAUUUACGGCGUAACGAAAUUUAAUCAGUACCUGUACGGGUAUAAGUUUACACUAGUCACCGAUCACAAGCCACUUUUAAUAAUCUUCGGCGAAAAUAAAGCUAUUCCACAGCUUUCCGCUAAUAGAUUAAGGCGUUGGGCGCUUAUUUUAGCAGCUUACAAUUAUAAAAUUGAAUUUGAAUUUUUUGUUGAGGAUGAUUGCGUUAUGUGGAAUCAUAGAAUAGUGAUUCCAGCAGAGCUUCAAAAAGAGGUGCUUUCUCAAUUGCAUUCAACACAUUUAGGUGUAGUCAAGAUGAAAAGUUUAGCGCGAGGUUAUUUUUGGUUUCCAAAUAUAGAUGUUGAAAUAGAAUUAGUUAGCAAAAACUGCGAAGCUUGUUGUUGUCACAGCAAUAACCCGCCUAAAACAACAAUUUCUCCAUGGCCAAACCCUAGUGGUCCCUGGCAAAGAUUGCAUGUAGAUUACUUAGAAUUUAAUAAAAAGUAUUAUUUGGUAGUUGUUGACGCUUACACUAAAUGGUUAGAAAUUUUUCCAAUGUCAAAUAUCGCUUCGACUUUAACAAUCAAUGUUUUGAGAUCGUUAUUUUCACGAUUUGGAUUGCCCUUAACUUUGGUCUCGGAUAAUGGCAGAUCAUUAGUAUCUGAUGAAUUUGAAAUGUUUUUAAAGAAAAAUAAUAUAAAACACCUUACUAGUCCACCCUAUCACCCAUCGUCUAAUGGUGCUGCUGAAAAUGUAGUAAAAACAGUUAAAAAUGUAUUAAAAAAAUCACUUUUAAAUAAAACUGAUGGUGAUUUAAACUGCCUUUUGAGUCGGUUUCUAUUUGAUUACCGUAAUACUCCGCAUUGUACUACUGGAGUUAGUCCAGCAAUUUUAAUGUUUGGUCGUUCGUUAAGAACAAGAUUUUCUUCUUUUUUACCUUUUACCAAUAAUGAAAACGAGUUUUGUAAUAAAGAUAUUAAUGAUGUAGCUGAAAAGGUAAAAAGAGUCAAAGAAAAACAAGUAAAAUAUAGUAAGGGAAAGAGUUAUACAAAGUUUGAAAUCGAUGAAAUUGUAUUAGUUAAGAAUUACGCAAUUGUAAAUAAGCCAGUUUUUAUUAAAGGAAAGAUCGUUAAAGUGAUAGGAAAUCGUACGUAUCUAGUUGAAAUUCCAGAAUUGCAGAAGACGUGGAAAAGACAUCCAAAUCAAAUAAGAAAAUUUACUUUUGUUGAAUCACGUAUUCCUUUUGAUAGUUCUGGAAGUUCAAAUAAUAAUAAUCAGUCUAAAGAUCCUAGUAGCGAAAAUUCAUGCAACAACGAAAGCGCAGAAAGUUUAGUUAUUAACCGUCCGAAGCGCAUGAUCAAACCCGUGGAUAGAUUAUGUUAUGAGUAA